AUGGCAACGCGGAAUCCGGACCACUGUAAUGUUGCCCAGGGGAACCAGUACAACAGUGAGCUUGUUGGGGUUGGUCCAAGAGCCCUGGCCCUGCCUGCCAAAGGCUCCAAACUAAACCCUGGUGCUCCCCAGUCCACUCUACCCUACUUCAGGCCCUCCCAGCCCUGGUGCUCCUCAGUCCACUCUACCCUACUUCAGGCCCUCCCAGCCCUGGUGCUCCCCAGUCCACCCUACCCUACUUCAGGCCCUCCCAGCCCUGGUGCUCCCCAGUCCACUCUACCCUACUUCAGGCCCUCCCAGCCCUGGUGCUCCCCAGUCCACCCUAGUCUACUGCAGGCCCUGGUGCUCCCCAGUCCACCCUACCCUACUGCAGGCCCUGGUGCUCCCCAGUCCACCCUACUCUACUGCAGGCCCUGGUGCUCCCCAGUCCACCCUACUCUACUGCAGGCCCUGGUGCUCCCCAGUCCACCCUACUCUACUGCAGGCCCUGGUGCUCCCCAGUCCACCCUACUCUACUGCAGGCCCUGGUGCUCCCCAGUCCACCCUACUCUACUGCAGGCCCUGGUGCUCCCCAGUCCACCCUACUCUACUGCAGGCCCUGGUGCUCCCCAGUCCACCCUACUCUACUGCAGGCCCUGGUGCUCCCCAGUCCACCCUACUCUACUGCAGGCCCUGGUGCUCCCCAGUCCACCCUACCCUACUGCAGGCCCUGGUGCUCCCCAGUCCACCCUACUCUACUGCAGGCCCUGGUGCUCCCCAGUCCACCCUACUCUACUGCAGGCCCUGGUGCUCCCCAGUCCACCCUACCCUACUGCAGGCCCUGGUGCUCCCCAGUCCACCCUACUCUACUGCAGGCCAGCUCAGUGCUGA